AUGUCGGUGGGGUGGGGUGGGGCCACUGUAGCCAAGGAGAGCUGGAGGACGUCGCCGUCGGUUGAAGCUUACCGGAGUCCAUCCCGGGCGUCGUCGAGGACCGCCAGCACCCGCGUGGCUUCCAAACUGUUCAUGGCGCUGUCGGGGGGAGAGGUGGUGCCAGCGCGGGCGGGAAGGGGGCGAGGUGAUUGGCCGUGGGCAGUCCUGCCGACGCCGCGUUUGACCGAUUCAGUCCCCCUGGGCCUCAGGGUCACCGGCAAAGCGGGUGCAUUGAGGUGGGCAGGAAACUACGAUAACUGUUGUGCGCUAGUCGAGCUGGAGAGAUGGCGGACGAGGUUGCGCAAUUCGUCGCCGAUCGUUGAUCAAAUGGCCGUCAGAAAUGCAGAGGGCCUGCGCGGUUUGACGCAAACGUGUUUGCUGGAGUGCGCGCCAAGGGCGUGUGGUCUGCCAUGCAUCCCUGAGCGCCAACGUGGGGCUGCUCAUGUGUGCCGGGAGCAACUCGACGGGAUGACCGACCCACCUGAUGAUCUCAUGGACGGUCUGCAGCUCACAAUAGACUUCUUGGCCAAGGUGCACAGCGAGGCAUCCCGCAGUGCACAACAGCUGCAGGACAUUGUACAGGAGCAACAGGGAAUUAUCAGGGAGCUGGGAACAAGGGCUGCAGGAAAGCUCCAAGGUGGAAGAUCGCAAAAUAACAAGGUGGAUUCAGCAUCAGACACAGGCAUGCUUGAGUGUGAUGAGGAUCAGAACGACAGACUCCAGCAGAUCCUCCAACAUGCACAGAGUAUCAGGCAGAUGAGCCUGACAGAUGGAGACAGCACAGUAGGUUGA